UAGUUAGGCAAAACCCUAACCCUCGUAAAAGGAGCACACCGCAAGCGCGGAGAAGGGGAGAGGAGAGGUGCGGCCAUGGCGGGAGGGAAGAUCCAGAAGAAGAGGCAUAAGGCCAUGGGAGGAGGCAUCCCCUUCGAGAAGUCCAAAGGCCAGCACAUCCUCAAGAACCCCAUGCUGGUGGAGACCAUCGUCCAGAAGUCCGGCAUCAAGCCCACCGACGUCGUCCUCGAGAUAGGCCCCGGUACCGGAAACCUCACAAAGAAACUCCUCGAGGUCGCCAAGUCCGUCGUCGCCAUCGAGCUUGACCCCCGCAUGGUCCUCGAACUCAACCGCCGCUUCCAGGGCACCCCCCACUCCAGUCGCCUCAAGGCCAUCCAAGGAGACGUGCUCAAGUAUGACCUACCCUACUUCGAUAUCUGUGUGGCAAACAUCCCCUACCAGAUAUCAUCCCCUCUCACCUUCAAGCUACUGUCACACCGUCCACUCUUCAGAUGUGCUGUCAUCAUGUUCCAGCGUGAAUUCGCGAUGAGGCUGGUUGCCAAACCUGGUGAUAGCCUGUACUGUCGGCUCUCGGUGAACACUCAGCUCCUUGCUCGUGUCUCUCAUCUCCUCAAAGUGGGACGGAACAAUUUUAGGCCCCCACCGAAGGUCGAUUCCUCUGUGGUGCGAAUCGAGCCAAGGAAACCACUUCCGCCUGUUAACUUCAAAGAGUGGGAUGGGAUGGUGCGCCUUUGCUUUAACCGGAAAAACAAGACACUGGGCUCGAUCUUUAGACAAAAGAGUGUACUCUCAUUGCUAGAAAAGAACUAUAAGACCCUACAGGCAUUGCAACUCUCUCAGAAAGGGCAAAUGGAGGAUGAUAAUGUAGCGCCGAAUGAUGUAGCAGUCUUGGCUGAUAUGGUUGAAGACCUAAGCGUGGAAGAUAAUGGGAAAGAUGAUGAAGAAAUGGAGGUAGAUGAUGCGGAUAUGGUGGGCGGAGGAGGCGAGGGGGCUGAUUUCAAGGAAAAAGUGUUGGGUGUGUUGAGGCAAGGGGAUUUUCUGGAGAAGAGGUCUUCUAAGCUCACACAAGUGGAUUUUUUGUACCUGCUCUCUCUGUUCAACAAGGCCGGCAUACAUUUUUCUUGAUUGAUUUCUAACAUUAAUUUUGGCAAGGUUUUCUUAUCUCCUUGCUCGAUAAUUUGUUUUUUUAUUUGUCUGUAUUAGGUGUUGAGUCAUGCUAAGAUGUUUGAAAGUUUUCAUAUACUCUUAAUCUAGUUAUGAAAAGAGCUGCUUAAUACUUUUAUCAGUGAAAUAUAGCUUUCCUACAGUA